CCGGCUGCCGCCCGAGCUGCUCCUGGCCGUGCUGAGCCACGUGCCCCCGCGCACGCUGCUCAGGCGCUGCCGCCUCGUGUGCCGCGCCUGGAGGGCGCUGGUGGACGGCCAGGCCCUGUGGCUGCUGAUCCUGGCCCGGGACCACAGCGCCUCCGGCCGCGCCCUGCUGUCGCUCGUCCGCAGCUGCCUGCCCCCCGCCGGCGACGCCAGGCCCUGCCCUCUCGGCCGCUUCUUCGAGCGCAGGCCCCUUGGACGAAACCUCAUCUGCAACCCGUGCGGACAAGAAGGCCUCCGGAAGUGGAUGGUGCGGCACGGUGGGGAUGGCUGGGUGGUGGAGGAAAACAGGACAAUCGUGCCUGGGGCCCCUGCGCAGACCUGCUUUGUGGCCUCCUUCAGUUGGUGUCGCAAGAAGCAGGUCGUGGACCUGGAGGAGGAGGGCCUGUGGCCAGAACUGCUGGACAGUGGCAAGAUCGAGAUCUGUGUCUCAGACUGGUGGGGAGCCCGACAUGACAGUGGCUGUAGGUAUCGACUCAUUGUCCAACUUCUAGAUGCCGACCAGACCGUCCUAGAUAAAUUCUCUGCCGUGCCUGACCCCAUUGAACAGUGGAACAACAAUGUCUGCUUUCAGGUCACCCACGUCUUCUCCAACAUCAAGAUGGGCGUCCGUUUCGUGUCUUUUGAACACUGGGGCCAGGACACACAGUUCUGGGCUGGCCACUAUGGAGCCCGCGUGACCAACUCCAGCGUGAUCUUGCGAAUCAGCCAGCCCUAGUCAAGGGCGCUCUUCUUGCAAGCCAGCCUGACCGUGCCUUCCAGGAGCCGGAGCCAUUGGCGGGGACCGCUCACUAACCAAGUGCUUCUGCCUCACUGGCACACUGGGAACUCGUCUUCAGGCUCUGGGAACUACUGAAGGAAGGGGCUUCCGCUGGAUUCACCUGCUGCUGCUGCUGCUUUCUUUGGGGGAGGUGCUCCACUCAGCUGAAACCCCCAGUGUGGACAGCGCAUGCUGGUCCUGGAGAGCGCGUGUUAUCCUCCCUGCUCACUCCCAGCAUCCCUCACGUCCAGCCCAAGCCCCUCUACCCCGACCCCUCGCUUGGCCUCAUCUGUUUCUGCUUCAGGGACUUUCCUGGUCCCUUCAGGGAAGCCUCCACUCACCUCUAAACUUAGAUCCCAUCCUUACAGCUACCAAAUUCUAGCCGCCCCAUGUAAUGAACUUCACCUCCGGGGGCUUCCCAGCCUCCCUAGCUCGGACCUUGCCUUGAAGCUGAGGAUAACUAGGUCACAAAAGAAAAGAUGUGGAGAUAAAUCUGCUCACAAGGGCUGCUCUGAAAAAUGAGGAGCUAUCUCAGGCCCAGCCCUGAUCCUGGAGAACCUCUGUAAUUGCACGAUAUUUAAAAAUAUUUUAUUUUUCAUUUUGACCUUUUUUUUCAGACAGAGAAUAAUUUAUCAGUAUCGUGUAUCUACUGAUCGUGUGUAAUAAAUUUAUUAUUUUGCCAAAA